AAAAUAUUUUUGGCCAUACACGCGCAGGUCAUUGUAAGUGGCUUCCGGCAACAUUUUCCCGACCCCGACUUAGGAAUGUCGAAGAAAGCAGAACUAGCUGCGCCGCCUUCAGCGGCGGAGACGGCGUACUUCGGAGAGCCCUGGCCAGAAUUUAAUGACGGAUUAACUUACCAUGACAUUGUCCGACCCAUCGAUGCUGGUCUUACACUUAUCGAAUUCUACUCCAGAAAGUACAAAAGUUCAGCUCCUUUACAAGGUUGGUUGCAGAGAAUUCAAAAUAAGCAGAUAACAGUUGACGGUAAAGUUGUUACUAUACCAGAUACUGAACUCAGUUUUUGGAUGAGCAGAGCUGGUACAGAACUAGUAUAUCAUCGACUUCCUUGGAGAGAACCUGAUGCACCUUACUUGUUACAAGUACUAUUUGAAGAUGACUAUUUGAUUGCUCUAAAUAAACCUUCUGGUUUGCAAGUCCUUCCUGGAGGGUUGUUCCAGCAGCGGACUGUCUUGACACAACUCCAAUGGCAUGUGAGCAAGCUGACAACCUCUUCAUCGGGUUGUCAAAAAACACAUCCUGUCCCAGUUCAUCGCCUAGGAAGGGGUACAUCAGGAAUACUUCUCUGUGCGAAAACAAAGCUCGCUAAAUCUCGCCUUGCGGCAUAUUUUGCUGAGGGGACGUCGGUUGUUGAAGACAAAUACACCAACUCAGAGUGCAAGAAAAUGAGGAAAAUUAGCAAGAUAUAUCGGGCGCUUGUAAGUGGUGUGAUUGAUAUGGAUGAGGUUGUCAUCAAGCAACCAAUUGGGACGAUUAAAUAUCCUGGAGUUGCUAAAGGGUUGUAUGUUGCUUCUCCUUCAGGGAAGCCAGCUCUGAGCAGUGUUCGCGUUCUUGAAAGAGAUUUAGAGAAUAACAGCACAUUGGUCCAGGUUGAAAUUCAAUCUGGAAGGCCACACCAAAUCCGUAUCCACCUCUCUUUCAUUGGACUUCCACUAAUUGGUGAUCCUCUUUAUGUUUCUGGCGGGCAACCAAAGUGCUUUGAUCCUGAAUUAAUGGAUGAAAGUUUUGAGAAAGAUGGCGGCUAUCAAAGACCCGAGAAUCCUGUUCCUGGAGACUGUGGAUAUAACCUGCAUGCACAUCAAAUAGUUCUUAUACACCCAAUCACAAAUGAGCUUAUCAAGAUUACAGCACCGCUACCAUCUAUCCUUCUAACACGAGAAGAACGCAAGGCGAAUCAGCCAAAUUCCAGCUAUAAGUAUAUUCCGUGCGUGCCCCUGCUACUAGGUAGUCAAGGUUACCCUACCUCUUGGCCUGCAGAUACCGUUGGAAGUAGAAGAAUAAUUUAAAGAUUCAAGUCAUGGCACACACAAUGUUGAUUAAUGUGACUUGUAAGUUUACAACUUAGAAGCGUGUUUUUUUCUUUUUUCCGUUUUCUUUGGUCAAAAGAUUUUGGAAAGCAGAGAUGGAGAAUUUUUAAAUCUGGACCAGACUAAAAAAACUUAGUGGGAUCUUUAGAGCAUA